AUGUUGUCGGAGUGGGUUCAUGUGAGCUUUGAAAUUUUAUUUCUAUCAGCACAGUCGGUGACUUUUGCUUGUACUUCAUCAGUAAACCUUGCUUUGAGCAAGUCAGCAUCUCAGUCCUCUGACUAUGCUAAUGCUUACCCUGUGCGAGCAGUGGAUGGAAAUACUGACGGUAUCUGGAGCUCAUCAAGUUGUACACAUACAGCUCAAACAACGAAUCCCUGGUGGCGUGGGGAUCUGGGAUCAAGUCAGCACGUAUCAGAGGUGUUCAUGGUCAACAGAGUAGAUGUUGGAUAUAGGCUUUUCAACAUAGAAAUUCGUGUCGGUGAUAGUUUGGCAGAUAAUGGGAACUUGAAUCCGAGGUGUGGUGGAUUGUACUCGAUGGCU